AUGAAAGCAAGGUGCACAUGGGAAACGAUAAAGACUAAAGAGGUAUCAGACAAAAGCAAGGCACAAACCAGACAUAUGUAUGGUCUCAUCACUCAACAAUUCAAACAAGAGAUGAGAGAUCAACAAAACGCUCUUCAGCUUGGCAUAUUAGCUUCUCACAGACACCAUAAAAACAAUGCGCUCUUCAUUUCUAACACUGGUGGAGAAGAAUCAUUAGUUGUGGAAAAUCAUGAUUCUGAACAACUCAACUUCAAGCAUGCAUAUGUUCUUGAUUUGAUAGCAUCUCUGGCUUUAAUGACAAAGUUAUUUAGUAACACUUGA